AUGAAUACAGGAGAGCUUGUAGACUGCCCGUUUUGUGGUUUCACUGAUCAUGAUCACUACUUCCUUCUACAGCACGUUGAGACCGUACAUCCUGAAGGCGGCCGCCCUUCUCCUUUCGCUGCCAGAGAGGAUCUCGCACACCGAGUUGAGCCUCCCGCCGAAGAAACGGAAGGCGCGAGCGACAUUUCCUCUGAGUACAUCGAAUGCCAGUGUGGCGAAUUCUGUCUUUUCACCGAAUUCGAAAGCCACUUGGAGAUGCACUAUGCCGAAGGCAUGGGCGUCGACGAGACCUCAAAGACCCAAGCUAAUGUAGCCGCGCCAGGAUCCACUCUUGAUCCCGGCAAAGCCCCGUCCCCUCAAAUGGACUUUCCUUCACCUACUUCUCUCCAUAUUGUACCAUCUGGCCCGAGUCGACCCAUUCCAACCAGAUCCGUGAGAGCUGAGUUGGGCCCUCAUGCUCACGAAGAACAAAUGCCAGAUUGGCUACGCAAGGAGCUUGAGAUUGGCGCAAAAGUUAAGGUUACCAAUCAGAUUACCCCGGAUGGCCGACUGUUGCGAAUAGAGAAUGUUGCCAACGAAGUUCGAGGCGUCAUCUCAGUCAUCGCGCAACUCUGUGAGCAGGAUCCUGCCGUCUCCAGGGCCUAUCUUUGCCAUUCUGACGUCAUGCAUGUCGUCAAGUUGGCCAAAGAAGGUGGAUUCUGUGGCUAUCGAAAUAUACAGAUGAUGAUAUCUUACAUCCAGGACGCGCGAUCAGAGGGUCAUCGACAUUUUCAAGGGAGACUUCCCUCCAUCAUUCAAAUUCAAGACAUGAUUGAAAGUGCAUGGGAUCGAGGUUUCAAUUCACUCGGUAGAAUCGAGACGGGCGGUAUUCGAGGAACGAGGAAAUAUAUCGGCACACCGGAGGCUCAAGCGCUACUACAGAAUUUAGGCAUUGGGUAG